UCUCUCUCUCUCACAUUAUUUCUCUUUUCCUUUAUCCAUACCUCUUUGUCGGCCAUAAUUUAUCCAAUUCUGUUCCUUUUUUCUCUUCUCUCUCUUCAACCAAAUAUUUAUUUUCCUUUUUUUUUUUUUUUGGUUGUUUGAUCAUUUACUUUAUGAUUUUGUGAUAUUGAGAUAAUUAUCAAGAAAGGCUUUGUUGUUGUUGAAGCUACGAUCCAGGUGUGAUAGUAAGCAGAAUGAGCUCUCUGCAAGGGCCUGUCGUUUGUCCUGUUGUUCGUGGAAAGCAAACAAGUCAGUUUGCUGCUCCUGUCAACUCUGCUUUUGUGAAGGCAAAGAGUUUGAAAAGUGGGUUCUGGGGGCUUAAUGGGAUCUCUAGGUGCCUGGUUAAUGUGUCUCGUCAACCACAAUCACGAGUAAGCAAGGUGAUUCAAUGCACUUUUAGUUCAUCAUCAGACGAAAAUGGUAGCAUGGCAGAGAAUUCCAAUGAAAAUGAUGCAGAUUAUGUGAACUCUAGCGUGGUAGAAGCUGUUGAAGUGCGAAGUGGUCCAGAUGGUUUCAUGAUCAAGAUGAGAGAUGGCAGGCAUUUGAAAUGUGUCCAUAAUAAUCCACAAGGAGGCCAUCUACCUGAUUAUGCUCCACAUCCGGCGAUUGUAUUAAGAAUGGAAGAUGGAACAGGGCUCCUUCUCCCUAUUAUUGUUUUGGAGAUGCCAAGUGCGUUGCUCAUGGCAGCUGUGCGCAAUGUCCAAAUUGCCAGACCAACAAUGUAUCAAGUUGUGAAGGAAAUGGUUGAGAAGAUGGGUUACACAGUUAAACUUGUUCGAGUUACCAAGAGAGUGCAUGAGGCUUAUUAUGCUCAGUUAUACCUAACAAAGUCGGACAAUGAUGCUGAGAGUAUUAGCUUUGAUCUUCGUCCUUCUGAUGCAAUCAACAUUGCUGUUAGAAGCAAGGUGCCAAUACAAGUCAACAAGUACUUAGCUUAUAGUGAUGGUAUGAGGAUUGUUGAAUCUCCGAAACCAAUAGUGCACACUGCUGGUUCGGACGGUCUGUUGUUCACUGAGCUUGACAGGCCUUCUGGCAAGUCGUGCAUUGAAACAAAGGAGUUUAUUCUUGUGCGGAAUAUGCUGAUUGCGGCUGUUGAAGAACGAUAUAGAGAUGCAGCCUUGUGGAGGGACAAGCUUACUCAACUGCGGUCCAAGAGAAACUGGAUAUAGAAGGUGUGCUUAGAGUUGUUUGAGCAAAGGACUGCUGUGUAUAUAGAAGCCAUUCAUCGGAGCCAAUGUGGUCAGCAUCUUCAAAGAUCAAUUGUACUUCUCCCUGUAAUGUUGUAAAAAAAAUAACUUGUGAAUAUCUGUAUAUAUAGACUGUAAUUAGUGUAAGACCUGUAAACUUAUGUUUUCCUGGACAUGAACUUUAUUCAGUUUCCAUAUCAAUCUUUGCAUUCCGAAA